AUGAAAUAUGGCUCGAUUCAUGAAGGAAACCCUGCGACAAACACGAAUGAUGAAUGUAAGCUCCUCAGUGCCAUCUACACUGAUCUCUACAUAGUGAAGGGAGGAACAGGAGGAGUUUGUAAUGAACAUGAGGUAAGACAGGCUGAAACAGCAUCCAGGAGACUCGAAGAAGAAGAAAUUCCAGUCAAGAUCUCUGACAUCUUUAAAAAUGGACCUGAUCAACAAAAUCACAUCAAAAAAGUUUUGACACUUGGGAUUGCCGGUGUGGGGAAAACCGUCUCAGUGCAGAAGUUCAUUCUAGACUGGGCUGAGGGUGGAAACAACCAGGAUAUAGACUUUAUUUUCCCUAUUCCAUUCCGCAGUUUGAACUUGAUGACAAAAAGAGACUGUAGUCUGAUGGAACUGCUUCACCGAUGUUUCCCAGACACAGCCUGUAUGAAAUCGCUCCCGUUAGAGAAGAGGAGAAUCAUGUUCAUCUUCGAUGGCCUCGACGAAAGCCGACUUCCUCUGAAAUUCUCAGAAAAUGAAAUAGUGAGUGACAUUAUAGAAGAAACCUCAGUGGAUCUUCUGAUCACAAACCUUAUUAAAGGGGAAAUGCUUUCUUCAGCUCUCAUCUGGAUAACCUCCAGACCUGCAGCAGCGGACCAGAUCCCUCGUGAAUACAUCCACCAGGUAACAGAGGUGAGAGGGUUCACAGACCUACAAAAGGAGGAAUACUUCAGGAAAAGAAUCAGUGAUCAGGACCAAGCCGAAAGUAUCAUCUCACAUAUUAAGAAAUCAAGAAGUCUUCACAUCCUGUGUCACAUACCGGUCUUCUGUUGGAUCUCAGCCACUGUGCUCAAAAAGAUGUUGGGUGAAUAUGACAAUGGAGAUAUACCCAAAACUCUAACUGAAAUGUACAUACGUUUUCUACUCUUUCAAUCAAAAAUGAUGGAAAAGAAAUAUAAAGAGGCAGAAUUAGGGAUACUGAAGCUUGCUGAACUUGCAUUUCAUCAGCUGGAAAAGGGGAACCUGCUGUUUUAUGAGGAGGACCUCAGUGAGUGUGGCAUUGAUGUCAGGCAAGCUUCAGUCUAUUCGGGAUUUUGCACACAGAUCUUUAAAGAGGAGGAGGAGGUUUUCAGCUUUGUGCAUCUGAGUGUUCAAGAAUGUCUUGCUGCUGUUCAUGUGUUCCUCUUAUUCCUUGAAAGCAAGAGUAAUCCACUGCUUCACAGUUCAGCAGAGAAACUGCAAUGGCUGUUGAGGCACAACAUGUGUGACCUCCACAAGACUGCAGUGAAAAGAACAUUACAGAGUAAGACUGGUCACCUGGACCUUUUCCUCCGCUUCCUCCUUGGCCUUUCACUGGAGUCUAAUCAGAGGAACCUUAAGAAACUGCUACCACACGUGAAGAUCAGACCAGAGAGUGUGAAGGAAACAGUAGAGUACAUCAAGAGGAAACUCAAUGAGGAUAUCUCAUCAGAGAGGAGCAUCAAUCUUCUCUAUUGUCUGAGUGAGCUGAAAGAUGACUCACUCUUGUCUGAAAUCCAGAAGCUUCUGAGCUCAGGAAAUCUCUUACUGAAGAAACUCUCAUCUGCCCAGUGGUCAGCUCUGGUCUUUGUCCUGCUGAUGUCAGAGGAAACUCAGGAAAACUUUGAGUUCAAGAAAUAUAGAGGAUCAGAUGAAGAGUUGAAGAAAUUGCUACCAGUGGUGAAAAACACCAGGCGGGCUUUACUUGCUGGUUGUAAACUCACUGAACAGUCCUGUUCAUCUGUGGCCUCAGUUCUACAGUCAGUAAACUGUCCCCUGAGAGAACUGGACCUGAGUAAAAAUGACCUUCAGGAUUCAGGAGUGAAGUUGCUCUGUGUGGGGCUGAAGAAUCCACACUGUAAACUGGAGAUACUGAAACUUGCUCUCUGUAAUCUCACUGAACAGUCCUGUGAAGCUGUAGCCUCAGUUCUACAGUCAGUAAACUGUCCCCUGAGAGAACUGGACCUGAGUAACAAUGACCUUCAGGAUUCAGGAGUGAAGUUGCUCUGUGUUGGAUUGAAGAAUACACACUGUAAACUGGAGAUACUGAGACUAUCUGGCUGUUUAGUGACAGAGGAAGGCUGUUCUUCUCUGGCUUCAGCUCUGAGUUUAAACCCCUCACACCUGAGAGAGCUGGAUCUGAGCUACAAUCACCCGGGAGACUCAGGAGUGAAGCUGCUCUCUGAGAGAAAGAAGGAUCCACACUGUGGACUGGACAGACUCAAGUAAGUAGAACAGGACUCUGUG